AUGCCGAAGUUUAACCCACCUGCGAGUUUCAACUUUAGUAAUCCGAGUGAAUGGCCGGAUUGGAAACAAAGGUUUGAACGCUACAGAAUAGCAACAAAAUUACACAAUGACGACGAAGAUAUACAAGUAAACUGUUUGAUAUAUGCGAUGGGGAAAGAAGCAGAGCAUAUUUUCAAGUCGCUUACGUUUGAUGAUGAGGGAGACAAGAAAAAGUACUCGAAAGUGAUGAAGAAAUAUGAUGAAUAUUUCGUCCCGAAGAAAAAUGUCAUACACGAACGUGCACGAUUCCGAGAGAGAAAACAAGGGACUGGUGAGUCUUCAGAAGCAUUUAUUAGAGCUUUAUAUGAACUAGCGGAACAUUGUGAUUUCACAGACAAAAACGAUCAAAUACGUGAUCAGAUUGUUAUUGGGCUAAAAGAUAAAGAAGUCUCUGAGAAGCUGCAGCUCAAAAGCACACUAACAUUAGAAGAGGCUAUACAGUAUUCACGUCAGACAGAAAUGGUAAAAACGCAAAUCCAAGACCAAACUACACAGUUCAAAAGUCUGGAUGAAGUUAAAAGGUAUGGAAAGCAGAAACAGUCAUCACCUAAACAUUUCAUUGCUAAACAAGCACAUAGUCACAGGAAACCAAGUGUUCAACAGUGUGGUAGAUGUAACCGUAAGCAUGGACCCGAGGGAAGAUGUCCAACCAUGGGUCAACGUUGUAAAGCUUGCCACAAAAUGAACCAUUUUGAAGUUUGUUGUCGCACCAGAAACACCAAAUCAGCACAUGCAGUGUUACAUGUUUAUGACUCAAACAAUGGAACACCUGAUGAAACAUUUCAUUUAGGAUCUGUAAACUUUGACCAAACAGAUGACCCUUGGACAGUGACCUUGAAAGUAUGUGACCUCCCAGUAAAUUUCAAGAUUGAUACAGGUGCUGACAUCACCAUUAUGUCAGAUGUAACUUUCAAUAGGAUUCUAUGUCAACCACAGCUGACACCUGUGAAGUCGCUACUGCUGAGUCCUGGUGGAAAACUCAACUGUAGAGGGAAGUUUGUCGCAGCCGUGAAGUUCAAAGGAAUUGACUACACCUUUAGCAUCUACGUGGUCGAAGGGCCUCAGACUAGCAACUUGCUGGCACGAAGUGUUGCUAACAAACUUAAACUUAUUUGCCGUGUUGACGAAGCUAGUGUGUUUGGCUCAUGUGGACUUGUCAAGUGUACCCCAAUGACAAUAACAUUGAAAGAAGAGGUAAAACCAUACUGCUUGAGCACUGCUCGUCGUGUUCCGUUUCCCUUGCUGCCAAAGGUAGAAGAAGAACUCUCAAGAAUGGAGGAAGAAGGCAUCAUACAAAAAGUAACUGAAAGUACCGAAUGGUGUGCCCCCAUGGUACCUGUUGUGAAAAAGAAUGGGAAAAUCCGUAUUUGUGUGGAUUUAAAGAACUGA